AUGUUUUUUCAUUUUUUCAAAUGUUAUUUUUUGACAAUCCUUUUUCAUCAAGUAGUAGGUGAUUGGAGGCUCAUUGAUUAAAGUUUUACUGAUGCUUCAAUGGUAAAUAAUAAUUGGAAGAUAAGAGAUGGUUGUUCAGAUUCUUCUGAAACUUCUUUUGACUACCCAAGUUGUAGUUCAAAUUCUCUAAAGUAUGUGAGGCUUGAUGACGAUAGACGAUAUUUAUACAAAACAUUCAAUUAUAAGAGUUUUUAAGUUAGAGUAGUGUUUGAUGUAUUCUAUGAUGACGCUGAUGAUGAUGACGAAUCAUAUUUAAAAGUUAGUUAUGAAAGUAAUAAAGACUCAGAAAGUGAUUAAUAAUUGUAUAGAAGAGAUUAUGAAGAAGAUGAUCUAAUUUAGAAUAGUGCAAGAAUAUGCCGCAGUAGUUGGGGCAAGUUUGAAUUCUACACAAUUGUAAGUACAAUUGCCAGUUCCAACACCAACAAGUUUACAAUAAAAUUUUGUAGUCGUCCUCGAAGUGAUAGUAUGGAAGUCGGAAUUAGAAAUUUAUUAAUUUAUAUUAAUAGUUGCCAUCCAACUUGCUUGACUUGUGAUGGUCCCACAGAGACAGACUGCUUAUCAUGCUUUAAUAGUUAGAGUCAAUAAGGGGGGAAAUGCAUUUGCAUACCUGACUAAUAAUUUUCUGAAACUUACAUAGGUUGUAGACAAGAAUGCAGUAGAGAUUUUUCGAUAGCAAGAUAUGAUAAAAUAUGUGUUAAUGAUAAUAGAAUAAAAUCAAAAUAUACAUUAUUUGAAGAUGACACUAUUCCUCAAUCGACUCAAAGAUAUCAACCUCUAACAUUUGAAGGUGAUGAAUUCAAUCCAAGAUAUACUGAAUUAGUCAUUGAGAAUUGCAAUGGGAUUAGUUUUAUAGGAAAGCUGUAAUUUAAUGAAGGAAUGUUGUAUAAAAUGAGUUUGGAAGAUGCUGUCAAAUUUGUUAGAAUUCGAAUUUCAUUUUAUUUAUUUAACUUUUAGACAACUAGUAAUAUAAAAUUAAUACAUAAUGGUCAAAUACAAUCUUCCAUCACCAAAGAUUCAUCAAGUUUCUAGGUUGAAAAUUUAUUAAUAAUAUUUGAGAAGAGUGAAAAUUGUGCUGGUGAUUAUACAUUACUAAGGAUAGAGACUAUUUUUUAAAUUACUAAUCCUAAUCCAACUCUUUUGAUUAAAGGAUCACUUCAAUACAAAAGUGAAGCUUGGGGAUUUAGAAAUAUUACAGUAGAUACAGGAUUUUGUUAAGAAAAAUGUUUGGUGUGUUCUGACUUCUCUACUUGUACAUUAUGUGAUUCAACAUAUAAAUUAUAUAAAAAUAAAUGUAUUGAAGCUUGUCCUAUUCAUUCAACAAAUUGCAUUGACUAUGAGGAUAUCAUUCCAUGUAAAUUAUUAUUAAGUUAUUUUAAGAUUCUAGGUAUUUAGCCAAAGGAUUUUACAAUUUGAAUAUGACCCUAGAUGAAAUCAAAGAAUUUUAUGAUUUUAGAACAGAUCCUUCAUUUAGUUAAUCAACAAAAUAAGACUUUUCUGUUUUAAGCAAUAAAAUUGUUUUGGGAGGUCUAUUGGUUUGGAAUGAUGGUUCGUACAUCAAAACAUGGACUAUUUAAAAACCACAUUAUGCAGCUACUAUAUACUUCAAUUUAACAUAUGGAGACGCUUACACUGGAUCAUUUUCUUAUAAGAUAGGUCCUUCUUCAAGCAGCACAUGGUCAGCUUCAUAUAGUAACCCUGGUGGAGGAUCAAACUUAAUUGGUCGUACUGGUUUAGAAAGCUCCCGCUUCUUUAAUGUAAGUUUAACAAACUUUUAUACUAACAAUCUUUAUGUUGAAUUCAAAUGUGAUGUCAGUGCUACAAAUAUAACAAAGGAAUUUUGUGCAAUAUCUGAAUACUUCAUUGUUAUUCAUUAUGUAUUUAAUUUACUAUUAUUAUUUUAGUGUCCUCCCUUUUGCACUAGUUGUACAAGUUUAAAUGUAUGUUCAAAUGCAGGAUACACUGGUCCCAAUUGUGGUAGUACAUAUUAUUUAGAUUUUAAUUCAUCGACUGAAAUUUAUAGUUGCAAAUAAUGUAAUUAAUCUGGAUGCAACACAUGUACAAGCUCAGAAUAAUGCACUUAAUGUAUAAGCAAUAGAUUUUAUUUGAGUAAUGGAAUAUGUUUAUGUUAUCCAUUUACUGUUUUAUAAGGAAAUAAUUGUGUAUAAUGCAAUAAAUAUUGUGAAAAUUGCUAUGGUGACACCUAAUACACUUGUCUAACUUGUGUAAGAGAUUAUAAUAGAGGCAUUCAAAGAAAUUAAUGCUUAUGUUUGCCUGGAUAUUAUGAUGACGGAAUAAAUUUACCAUGUCUUCCUAUUUGUGGAGAUUAAAUAGUAGUUGAAGAAGAAGAUUGUGAUGAUGGCAAUAAUAACCCUUUUGAUGGUUGUCAUAACUGCUAAUUUGCAUGCAAUUUUGCAUGUGAUAUUUGUUUAAAUGGAAAAUGUUAUUAAUGUAAAAGUGGAUAUGAAGUGCAUAAUAAUGACUGUCGCUCGAUAUGUGAAGGAAAUACACUUGCAUUGCUUUAAUAAUGUUUUGAAUAACAAAGAAAUUGCGUUAAUUGUCUAUAUGAAUGCUCUCCUAAUUGUAUUGAUUGUUCUUUUGGAAAAUGUGUGAAAUGUGAUGAGGAAAGAGGAUGGUACUCCUAAAUUGAUGGAACAUGUAAUUCAAUUUGUGGGGAUGGAAUAGUAAUUAGUUUAACAGAAAUGUGCGAUGAUGGAAAUACUAACCCAUCAGAUGGGUGUAAUUAAUGUUAAUAUUCUUGUGAUAAAUAUUGUGAAACCUGUGUCAAUUCUUUGUGCAUAUUUUGCUAAAGUGGUUAUCAAUAAAUAGAGAACCACUGCAUUCCGUUAUGCUAAGAUGGACUAUUAGUAUUCCCUGAAUAAUGUGAAGAUGGAAAUAUGGCACCUUAUGAUGGUUGCUUUAAUUGUUAAUUUUAAUGCUCAAUUCAUUGUAUAGAUUGUAAAUUUGGGAUCUGUUAAUAAUGUAAUGAAUAAAGAGGAUGGUAUUUGUAAUAAAAUGGGUCCUGCAAAAGCAUUUGUGGAGACAAUAUACUAGUGCUUGAAGAUGAAGACUGCGAUGAUAGUAAUCCUAAUAGUCUUUGCAAUUAAUGCUAAAUUACCUGCGAUAUCAAUUGUUUAUAAUGUUAUAAGGGAGUUUGUAUUUCUUGUCUUUUAGGAUAUAAAUGGGAUUAUUCAAUUUAAGAAUGCGUCAAAGUUUGUGGAGAUAGUGCAUUAUUUAACAUAGAAAAAGUUUGUGAGGAUGGAAAUAACUUAUUGGAUGACGGAUGCUAUUUAUGUUAACUAAGCUGUUAAGAUUCCUGCACUUUAUGCACUGCAACUGGAUGCUUAGAAUGUAAUACAAUAGGAUGGAAAUUAGAUGAAUUAUAAAACAAAUGUGAGACUAUCUGUGGUGAUGGAAUUACUGUCUAAUAUUAUGAAGAAUGUGAUGAUUUAAAAGAUCAAAAUUGUUUUCAAUGCAAAUACAACUGCUAAGAUUCUUGUUUAUUAUGCCAUCAUGGUGAUUGUCUCUAAUGCAAAGAUGGAUGGCAAAUACAUUUAGAUAAGAGAUGUUAUUCCUUCAAAGGCGAUCAUUAGGUUGUUGGAGAUGAAGAAUGUGAUGAUAAUAAUUCAGUAAUGUAUGAUGGUUGUUAUCUUUCACAAUACUAAUGUUAGAAACAAUGCAAAGAUUGCAGAUUUGGAAUUUGUAUCAAAUGUGAGGAUGGGUAUUAAAAUCUGGAUGGCAGAUGUCUUGAAAUCUUGAAUCUCGGAUUCAUUUAAGGAAAUGAGUAAUGUGAUGAAAAGAAUUUAAUCGCAGAAGAUGUUUGCUUUAAUGGUUAAUUGAAUUGUUCUGAAGGUUGUGAACAUAGUUAUCAAGACUUGUGUCUACAAUGUAAUCCGUAUUCACACUAACUUAAUACUUUUAAUCAUUUAUGCCUAUCAUUUUGUGGUGAUGGGUAUUUAUCACAUUUUGAAUAAUGUGAUGAUGCAAAUAACAUCCCAUAUGAUGGAUGCUAUGAAUGUAAAUUUUAAUGUAAUUACUAUUGUCAAACUUGUUACAAUGGUGUAUGUUUAUAAUGCUCAAUUGGUUACUACUUAGAUUAAUCUAAAAAUGUAUGUUAUAGUAUCUGUGGAGAUGGAAUUCUAGCACAUGAUGAAUAAUGUGAUAAUGAAAAUUUAGUUCCUGAUGAACUCUGUGUGAAUUGUAAAUUAUUGUGUUAAUAAUAAUGUACUGCAUGCAUUGAGGGAUAAUGUUUUGAAUGCAUUUCAUAAGGAUGGCAAUUAGAUGUAAUUAAUAGAAAUUGUUAACCUAUUUGUGGAGAUUUAUUAGUUUUAGGGAAUGAAUAGUGUGAUGAUGGAAAUGAUGUAAGUGAUGAUGGAUGUAUUGACUGCUUUUUUCAAUGUUAAUAGUAAUGCACUUUAUGUGAAAAUGGGGAAUGCAGAGAGUGUAAUAUUGAAGGAUGGAAACUUAGUAUUAAUAAAUGCAUAACUAUUUGUGGAGAUUAAUUGGUACUAGGCAAGGAGGAGUGUGACGAUGGAAAUCUUAUUCCCCAUGAUGGAUGCUUUGAAUGUUAAUUUCAAUGUUAAGAAUAAUGCACUGAUUGUGUGAAAGGGAAUUGUCAGGCCUGUAAUAAAUCAGGUUGGCUCCUUAGUUAAAAUAACUUAUGUUCUACUUAUUGUGGAGAUGGAAUUGCAGUGAAUCCGUAUGAAUAGUGUGAUGAUGGUAAUGAUAUACCAUAUGAUGGCUGUUAUAAAUGUGAGUUUUAAUGUGAACAACUCUGUACAAUAUGUGAAUUUGGAAUUUGCUAUGAAUGUAAUUAAUUAGGAUGGAUCAUUAAGAAUAAUAAAUGCACUCCUUAUUGUGGAGAUGGCCUAAUAGUUGGAAAUGAACAAUGUGAUGACAUGAAUUCUAAUUAAAAUGAUGGUUGUUUUGAAUGUAGAUUCAUGUGUGAUUAAUAUUGUGUAGAUUGCUGGGAAGGUGUUUGCAAAGAAUGUCCUGAAGGAAUGUAUUUAUUGGACUAAAUUUGUUAAUCUAUAUGUGGAGAUGGAUUUAAUUUUCAAAAAACUGAAAAAUGUGAUGAUGGGAAUAAAGGAAAUGGUGAUGGUUGUAAUUCGUAAUGCAAAAUUGAAAAGGACUGGAUAUGUAAUACUAAUUAAUAUUCUUUCUCAAUUUGCUAUUUUGAAAAAUAACCAGACUUUUCUAUGAUUGUACUCACACCUUAUCCUCAUGAAUAUUGCGAUAUUCAAGUAUCAUUUACAUAGCAAGUUAAGUACUCUCAACACGUUAAAUAAAAUUUAAGUGAGCAUAUUCAAGCAAGCAUAUUAAAUCAUCAAAACGAUAUGUAUAAUAUAUAGAUGACUUAAGAGACUGAGAUAUCUCACGAUUAAGUUACAGAUUUAGUUCUUAUAUUUAGGGUUAAUUUUCUAUACCCUAUAGAAUCACCUGUCUUUUAAAUUUAAUUUAGCAAUGAUCCAAUAAUCUCAGAACUUAAUUAAACUCUCACCUAAAGCCAAAAAAGUAUUAAACUCUAAACUCCAAUAGUCCUUUCUUCUUAAGAAGUGCUUAUAGCUUAAUAAGCUUCAAGUUUUAAUGAAGCAAUUAUCAUAUCUCUUGCAAGUUUAUCGUCAAUAUGCUUAUUGACAGGUUAAUCGGAAAUAUUUUGGAAUCUUAUGGACUAAUUAUAAUAUUUAUCUUAUAUCAAAUACAUUAAUAUAGGAUUUUCGCCUAAUUUGGAUAUCUUUUUUGAUGUAUUUUAAUUGAUAACAGUCUCUCCAUUGAUGGCUGCUUUAGGAUUCUAAAAAAUUUUUGAUUAUUUGGAUGGUAGUAGCAAGUAUGUGGUUGAAACAAGCAAUAAAUUUAAAAAGGAUAAUAUAAAUGCCUAUUUCCUUACAAAUUUCCAGAGCUUUUUGUUUUGUUUAAUUACAGCAUAUCUAAGUUACUCAGCUGCAUAGCUAAUAUAUGGUUUAUUUAAUAAAAUGUUAUUUAAAAAAAUAGUAAAUUGGAGAUUUUCUAUCCUAAAGUUAUUAAUAAAUUCUAGAAGACAAUUAUAACAAAAAAUCUCUGAAUUUUAUUACAAUUCUCUUUUGAGAUUGAUGCUUUCAAACUCUUAUGAUAUUAGUUUUGCAAGUGCCAUUCAGAUGGCAUAUCAACCUCUUGAAAAGAAUAAUGUUUUAAUGUUAAAUUAUUACUUGUCAUAUUUAUUUUACAUCGGAAUACAUGGAACUAUCAUAUAUUUUAUUAAUAUUUCUAGUUCGUUCUCCAAACAGAAUUCAAUUAGAAAUAAAUAAAAGUACUAAGCGAUGUUUGAUGGAAUAAAUGAAAGUUAUAAUAUUUGGACAUUCUAGUAUAAUUCAAUUUAAUUGAUAAAAAAACUUAUUUUUAUUUCUCUAAUUGUGUUUUUGUAAGAAAAUGGCUUUAUUCAAGCUAUUGGGAUAUCAUUUAUUUAAACUUUAUUUUUAAUCCAUACUAUUCUAAAUAAGCCUUUAAGCAAUUAAUUUGAAUAUUUUAAAAUCUUAAUUACUGAAGCAUUAAUAAUUCUCAAUUCAAUCUCAUUUUUAUUUUAUCUUUAUUAAGUUGAAUUGGGUUUAAAAUCAGAAAGUAUAAUCAAUAUUGGAUGGUUUCACAUUUUUACUUUUUCUUUGAUAUUAGCAGCUACUUUCAUUCUUGACCUUAUUUAGUAAAUAAAAAAAUUAAUUAAAGUAAUUGGAGUUGGUGAAAAGAAACAAGAAUAACAGCUGGAACCGAUAUUUUAUUGA